AUGAAUAUCGUCACCAGUGUCCUCCUACUAUACUGCACCGAGGAACAAGCCUUCUGGCUAUUGACAGCCAUCUGCGAGCGUCUUCUUCUUGACUACUAUGACAGCCGAGUUAUCGGCAUUCGUGUGGACCAGGGAGUGCUCUGCGAUUUGGUUCAGGAGCAUCUGCCGCACCUUUUGCGCGCUGGCCUCAGCGGGCCUGCAACAGGACCGACUACUGGAUCUGGAAACGAGCAUCAUUCAUAUGACUCUGCUCGCCUACAUAGUCAACCUCAGUCUCCGUCACACUUCCAACAGACGGCCAAGCAUCAGCCCGACUCUGUGUUGGCUACUACAACGCCUUCACCCGAAGAUGUCGGCUUCAUCACGGGUGGUGGUGGAUUUGAUCCUAUUAUCAGCUACAAAGCAUUCGUCAACAGUCAGAACAAAAACCGGCAUUUAAAAGGCAACGGGGCUACUUGCAAUGAUCGACGUGGUCAGGUUGCUGAGAAUGAAGCUUUUAAUCACAAAACUCAAUGUAGACAACCCCUCAAGCAGCGGCCACAACAGCAGCAAUCGAAGCGCAACAGCAAACGAGUGAGUCCCUUUAGGUCUAUUGCUAUAGCUCUAAUGAUUUAA